GAAAGUGGACCUCCCUACUCAACCCACGCCCGCACCCGCACCCGCACCCAGACACCGCACUGGCUUCCCCCAUCCUUCCCUUUCCUCUUUGUUAGGUUAUUUUAGACAGAAGGGCCUCGCCCUGGCGCAGCCCGACUGGCCCUGCUGGGGAGAAGGCAAGAGAAGUAAGGGGCGGAGCGCACCUGCUUGUGUGGGCAGGUGUGCCCGGGUGCGUGGGUGUGCGUGCCCUGGCGAGCGUGCAAGCGUGGGGUUAGGAUUGUGUGCGAAUGUGGGAGUCUGAGUGUGCCGUCGCGAAGGUUCGUCAUGGUGUAUAUGUGACAUUAUCACACCGAUAUACUCGCCUGUCUGUGCCUGGACUCCCAGAUCCCGGCUCCUGGCCCUCGCCUCGCCGCGUCAUUGAUGGGCAACCAACUGGACCGCAUCACCCACCUCAACUACAGCGAGUUGCCCACAGGGGACCCGUCGGGGAUCGAGAAGGACGAGCUACGAGUUGGGGUCGCCUACUUCUUCUCGGAUGAGGAGGAGGACCUGGACGAACGCGGCCAGCCCGACAAGUUCGGCGUGAAGGGCCCCCCGGGCUGCACCCCGUGCCCAGAGAGCCCCAGCCGCCACCGCCACCACCUGCUGCACCAGCUGGUCCUCAACGAAACUCAGUUCUCCGCCUUCCGGGGGCAGGAAUGCAUCUUUUCCAAAGUGAGCGGCGGCCCUCAGGGCGCCGACCUGAGCGUCUACGCUGUCACCGCGCUGCCCGCGCUCUGCGAGCCGGGCGACCUGCUGGAGCUGCUGUGGCUGCAGCCGGCGCCCGAGCCGCCCGCCCCCGCCCCGCACUGGGCCGUCUAUGUGGGUGGCGGGCAGAUCAUCCACCUGCACCAAGGCGAGAUCCGCCAGGACAGCCUGUACGAGGCGGGCGCGGCCAACGUGGGCCGGGUGGUGAAUAGCUGGUACCGCUACCGCCCGCUGGUGGCCGAGCUGGUGGUGCAGAACGCCUGCGGCCACCUGGGCCUCAAGAGCGAGGAGAUCUGCUGGACGAACUCGGAGAGCUUCGCCGCCUGGUGCCGCUUUGGUAAGCGGGAGUUCAAGGCGGGAGGGGAGGUGCCGGCGGGCACGCAGCCCCCGCAGCAGCAGUACUAUCUCAAGGUGCACCUGGGCGAGAACAAGGUGCACACGGCCAGGUUUCACAGCCUGGAAGACCUCAUCCGCGAGAAGCGCCGCAUCGACGCCAGCGGCCGCCUGCGAGUGCUCCAGGAGCUCGCCGACCUCGUGGACGACAAGGAGUAGCCUCGUGGGGGGCCACCUGCGCCUCCUGUCUCCCCGCGCCCCGCUCCCUUCCCAGCACCCGGGCUUCCUGGCCGGUGAUCCGCGACCCCCGUCCCCCUCGAGCGCCCUCCUGCGGCGGCCGGUGCCCAGGCUGCACCCUCGCACCCCUCCGCAAGUGGCCGGAAGUCUCAGGAACUGGCCCCGGGACGAAAGGGCAGCUGUGCGCGCCUGGCUGAGCCCCCCCAGUGGUGGUGAUGGUGUUGGGAAACCCAGCGUGCGCUUUCCCCUCGAGUUGUAACGGGGGAAAGGAGAAAGGGCUGAAGGGAGCAAGCAAGGACGUGGCUUUCCCCACAGGUCGCUAGUCAGUGACUGUCACCCGACCUCCUAUAAAGGGACCAUCACCGCCCCCAGUGCGCACACACAGACCAGUCGGAGGUGAGAAAUGAUCUUUCCAGGGCACAGUUCACCUCCCGUAUGAACGUGUCCCCAGAUUGCAGGAUUUCCAAGAAAUCGAGCCUGUCCCUUAGGCACUUGUGAAUAAUUCCACAAGACAGCACUUUGGGACUCCGGGUUAUCCCGAGGCUGCCCGGGACUUUUCCAGCUCUCCAGCCCCAAGUCUCCUGACAUUUGUAUUCCAGUCUCCGGGCAAAGCUGUAAUGUUUGCUUCCAGUCCUUUCCACCGAGGGAAGCGACCGCCACCCCCACCCCAUUUGCCUGUGAGUCUCCCUCGCUGGCAGAAUGGAAGCCUUCCUGGUCCCGAGAGGAAAAUGGCUCAGCUGAUUUGGUGAGGAGCGCGGGCCCCGCCCCCGGCAAGGAGAAGGUUCACCUGGUGUCUGGGAACUUGAAUGUGUGGAGACGGUCGCUUGUUGUUCUUAACCCUCGUUUGCUCCCUGAUGGGGCUGCAUUUCAGAAAGAGUCCUAUUUUUUAAAGGGUUGGAGGAGAGAGAGAGGAGGAAGAUAUGGCAACAUUCAAGAAACCAGCAUUAUUACAACACCAUAGCCAGUAUAUUUAGUUUGGCUUUUCCUAACCUAGAAAUCUUAGAGGGUGGGGAAGUGGAAAUAAAGUUUUAAAAGUGAGAGAGCAGUUUUCCAACUAUGUCAACAAAGCCUAUCGUGUUGAUGUUUUUAUUGACCAUUUUAGCAACAUGCUAAUAAAAUUUCAAAUUGAAAUUUUUAUUUUCAUGGCUUUAAUCCAUGAUAGUUUAAAUACUGGGGGCCAUUAAGAGUGGAUUUAGCUAAGAGCUUAGCUAACAUUGCCUUUUCACUCUAUUUUUCUCAAAUCUUAUGAGAAUUCUGUUUUUGCAUAUUGUAGUUAAUUUUUGGCUUGAAACAGCAGUCCUCGUAAUGGUGAAGGUGUUAAUCAAUGUGUAUGUUGCACUGAAUUUCUGUCAGUUAAGGGGUUCACUGCUUGGGUGGAGAUUGCUAGUGGGUUCAAUGAGGUUUCUUUUCCCCAUGUUGUAUACCAUUACCAUUUCACAUUUGCAUUUCUCUUGUUCUUCCUCUCCCCUUGAUGUCCUUAAGAAAGGACUCUAGAAUUGGUGGCUUUUUCCCUUCCUCUUUAGCCAAUCCCACAAUUCAUUCCUAAAAACCAGAAAGAACUUGUAGGACCAGGGCAAAUGUGUGUGUUUUCCAAAAACUUAAGGCUGUUGGAAACCCCUUCCUUGGCCAAGGAUGUACCAACUUCUCUCCCUGUGCUGCAGCCCCAGCCUGACUGACUGUUAAUUGAUUCAGUGUUAGACACCUACAGCAUCUACGUCCCUUUCCGGGGGAUUUGUCAAAUAAUGGUGUUUAGCUAAUUGUGGCAAGCAAUUGCAUUUUGACAGCUGUGAUUUAGUUGGACGGCAAAUAUGGCCAAAGCCAGUUUCUUGGCAUUUCAAAAAUAAUGCAAUAAAAACUAGUCGAGGUUAGCUGAGACUGGAAAUGCCUUUUUUCAUGGUGAAAUGGUUCAUUUCUGUUUUGGUUUUUUUUGUUUGUUUGUUUUGUUUUCCACCUUGGAUUCAUUCCCUGAUCUUGAAUCAAAAGGUCAGAUCAAUGAAAUAUGAACUAGAGUAUUUUUCUUAAGCCUAUUGAGUGAUUUAUUUUUUAAAAAAUGUUUAAAUGCAUAUGCUUUUCUUUCAGCGCAUACAACGGCAAAACUUUUGUAAUAACUAACUUACCUUUGCAUGUACGGGGAACUAAAAGUCACUUAAUUCCCUAACUUACUCCUCUUUCAAAUAGCAGAUGGCAGAUCAUAAACCGAAGUUCUUUAUUGUGUCUACCUUCUCCACAUUCUUUACUGUGUCCUCCCACUGUAUCUUGGCUCUCUGCUGUAUUAAACACCAUCCUGAACACUG